UUUUUCCUUUUGGGGGGGGGUCAUCAAGUUUUUGACACCUUGCUAGGUGAAUGGUGGUACUCGGAUGUUGCCAUAUCCUAAAAGUGGUACAAUGGGUGAAAAGGUUGAAAAGCCCUGCCCUAGACUUCCCUGGAUUUUAUAAAUGCUAUCAGUUGUCUUUUUUUUUUAAACCAGGGACAUAAUUUCUUUGUAAUUUUCUUUUCUCAUAUACUGAAUUGUCUACUUCUCUGAGACUAUGUCUUUGAGCAAGUAGAUAGAAUCAAGCAAGUAUGUAAGUGAACCAUCCCAACCAUGUUUUACUGAUAGUCUUCUGAAUUGAAUACUAUAUGAAACAGGCCAUGAGGUUGCACUUUCUUUGAUUUACUGAGUUUUUUUUCUAAGCAGUUUUGGAAAUUAAUUUUUUUCCUGUUAAAAGAUGCUCUAAAUAAAUAAAAAAUAAAAGACUGGAAGUUUUUGGCUGCCAAAGAUAAAUAUGUAUUUAAAUAGUUCCAUUCUUUUUUAAUAGUUAAUUGAUAUUUUUGUAGCAAGUUAUGCAUUAGGCAUUGUCAUUCCAGUCCUCUAGGAUUUAAAGAAAUGGAGUUUGUGUUCUUCCUUCCAUUGUACAGGAAUAAUGUCUUAAUACAUUGCGCUGGCAGAGAACAUUAUGCCUCCACUUAUUUUUUCACUAUUCAAAAAUUGCAAUUUAUAAAAGUUACUUUCUAGCCUUUUUUUUCUUAUAAUAAAAAAUCCUUGUUACAAAAGGGUUCAGACUAUGUCCCUUAUUACUUCUAUAGCACCUUACAACGUUAUUACCUUUCUUGAGCUAGGGAACAUGACAGUUUGGUUUUACUGCUUAACAUUUAGUUAAUUGACAUUUACCAAUUCACCAAGCUAAAACCGUUAACAAUUUUACCACAGAUGUUUUCGAAGCAGGGAGCUUUACCUCACAUCUUGUCAUUGCUAUGUGAAUGUAAUUCAUGAACCAUAGAUUUAACUUGUUCAGAGAUUCUUUGUGUGAGAGGAACCUUCUAAGAAUUGGGGUAUCAACCACACAUUCUAAUCAUUUAGGGCAAAAGAAAAGUCACCCAACCUGCCACCUGUAAGGAAAAUUGGGAAGACAUUGCUCUUCGUGUGUUCUAAUGGUAAUUUCUCCUUUCAUUUUAGUUAAUGAGAGGGGAAUCUUUUUUCUGUUCGAUGGUAAUUUUUCCUGUUUAUAGUAUGUCCAAUAAAGUCGGUUCUUUUACCCCCUUUAUGAAAUUUCCUUAAUUGGAUUUUUUUUUUUACUUAACUUUCCUGGAGUUGUACUCUGUAAGAUUACCCAUUCGGAGCCGCACAGCAACAAGAUUUUCCAUUUCUAAUUAGGAAACAGGAAAUUUGUUUCCUCAUCAAACUAAUUACCCAUAGCUAUCGCUAGAGAAUGGGUGUAAUUUCUGGAUUUAUUCACAAGCGUGUUGAACACUAGUGACUUCGCACCAGAACUGCCACGUCUGGACUAAAUCUCGAAUGGUAGACGUUAUCUAAAACCAUCUCCCUGUUGCCAUCUAGUCGUGUGCUAAGCACGUAUAUGGCUGUGGACACUCUCGGUCGAAAAAGCUGAGAGUUAUAGCUGCCGCUAUGGACGCUCCAUCGGAGCAGAUCCAACCCGCUUUGGAUUCCAAGCCAGCACGGUCACUCAUGCCUCCGCCCUUCGGUGCAAACAGGAAGCCCAAGGAAGGGACAGAGUGCCGGGCAUCGUAAUCGUGCAGGAGGAGCCCCAGGAAGUACGAAAACCCAGGGCGCGGACGCAAUGACGGACAGGACGGGAACAAGGGAGGAAGAAGGAGAGACUUUGCAGCGCUGGGAGCCAACUGGGGGAACCAGGGAUGAAGAAGGCUCGGGAGAUCUUCCUGUUACCGGGGAACCUGGGAUUUGUAUUUCUUUGAGCUACUGAGACUGGCUCCGCCUCCUGGGUCCCUCCUGGCUGCAGAGGGAUAGAGGGCGCCUGCCUGCAAGCUGCCACCUACCUGGCGGGUUGGGAAUAGGGAGGGAAGCGAUGGGAGGCCGUUAGGGGCAACUGGCUGGACUCCCCUCUGCCCUGAGGUGAAGAGGACUCGCUUCUAUACAAGAACGCGAGCAGCCCGGAGCAUGCAGAGAGGAGGCGAUGUGGUGCCUCCUUCCCGGAAUUCAGGGCUCCGGAUCUAGACAUUGUCAGCUGAUUUCCCCCGGGUUCUCUAGUAGGGCCAAGCUGUGAUCUUGAUUCGAAGGGGGAAAAAAGGGAAGCCUGGCUGGCACAGGAGCACAUCUUUUCCUGUGUUUCUCCCUUUGGAGUCCAGAUCACCACACAGCCCUGCCUACAGUGACAUUUAAUCCACCAUCUGAAAAAAAGCCCAUGAAAUCCAUCAACGUUCUCCAGGGCACAGAACAAGUCAGUAAAAAUCAAAAGCUGGAGCAGAGCUCUUUGGAGAAAGAUGCAGUUCAAGUAGAACAUUUCAGCAUAGAAAAGAGUAUUUUGGGUAGAGAACCAAAGGAUCACAGGAUAGCAACGCAAUCUGAUACAGCGUUAAUGAAGAUGGAGAAGUUUUUCUCUCUAUAGCUCAGCUUUAGAAGGUGAGAUCAUCCCAUGAAAAAUAGUGGGAGAUUUAGAGAAGAUGAAGAAAAUACUGUAGGACACUUAAAACAAGUUGUUUGAGCUCUCCAGUUCCUGUUAGUCUCAAUAAGUAGGUGGACGGUCACAAGUUGUCCAUAUCUGGAGACCCCCCAGGAUUCCUGUUUAUGAAUUGAGUAGUGGGAUUAUUGCCACCAGGAUAUUGAAGAUAUUUAGCCGCAGUAUAAGAGGCACUAUGCUUCCACAUACAGUUACUAGACAACUUGAGCAGAAUACUGGGUUAAUUUCUUGCUUAUGGAGUCCCCACAUCUGGUCAGCCACAGUGGAAGCUAGAAGAUUUGUGUGGCUGUUUUUAUGUUCUUCAAUGGAUUAAUAGUGGAGGCAUAGAAUAGGGUCAUUUCUUAAGUUCUUUGAAACCAAUAAAUAUUAAUGAUUAUUUGAAAAAAAAUUCUUUUUCAAAAAAUUCAAAAUAGUUCAACAUUCUAUUUUGGAAGCAUCAUUUGUCGGUUUACAUGCAUUUCUCUCUCUUUCAUUUGUUACCACUUUUUAUAUCACCCAUAGUGCUUUUUGCCUUAAAUGAUACUGGGAACAGGCAGGUUUUAUCUAGUCCUAUUGUAUUCUUUAGUCAACAGAUCCAGAUGAAAGAAGAUGUGAUUGAACAGGACACAAAAGAAUGGCAGAGCAAUUCCUCCUUUAUUGGACUGGAAAGAGUUGGAGGAAUGGAUUUGUCUUAUCUCAAAGAAGAUGCCACACGUGCCUGUGCUUCACUAGUGGUGCUCAGCUACCCAGAACUUGAGGUCCUCUACGAAGACUGCUACGUGGUGGCUGUGAAUGCUCCCUAUGUGGCAGGAUUCCUGGCUUUCCGAGAAGUCCCUUUUUUACUGGAGGCUGUACAGCGGCUAGAGACACAGAAGCCUGGCCUCAGGCCCCAGGUGCUUCUUGUAGAUGGAAACUGUUAUGUGGGAUCGCUGCAAGCAAGAUUACCAACAGAAGAAGAUAGGACUCACGAAGGAAGUCCUGAAGCCCUGGGGAAAGUUCGGCGUCCAGAAUCGCGACUCUGCCUGCCAGUACAGAAUCGCUGGAGGUGA